AUGGCAACAAACGUCGUUGUGAUAGCCUCCGACUUGCGCCGGGCUACUAUCAAAGUCACCCCCGGAACCUAUUUGAUUGACGUAUUGGAGGAAGCAUGUCGAAGACUCAGCCUUUCAAGUGACAAGUAUCUUGUCAAGCACCGGCAAAAAACAGUCGAUCUCUCCAUUCCUUUUCGCGCUUCUGGUCUCGGCCCUGGCGCAAAGCUCGAGCUUGUACAAAAGUCGAAAACACCCUCUGCCAUUCAAGUCGCCCUUCAAGUCCCGCCUCCCGAGGGUCGCGAAAUACCAGGAGGACGUUUGAUCGAGAAGUUUCCCAGUGACCUCACCAUAUGGAAGGUUCUACGUCAAUUCGAGAGCGGCAAGGCGAGUAAUGGCAAGAACAUCAAUAUCACUGCCCGUGGGGUUGCCUCGAUGGACGACAGUUCGGGAAGUGGCAGCGGGCAACUACACUACGAAACACCAGUCCUGAACAUAAUGGGUAGAGAACUCUCAUCUUUCACCGACUUCCAGAAGACUCUAUCCCAGCUCGGAUAUAACUCUGGAAGUGUUCUGAUCCGAUUGACGUUCCGUAAGACGGACAAGACUCUGUACGAUGCAAUGACGGAGAUCAGCCAGUUCUUUAAGGAUACGGAUGACGAAGACCAGAAGGAGGAAAUUUCAACAACAAUUGCCGAGCCUGUAUCAACGGGAGAGACCGAAACUCAGGAACAGCAAGCACCACAAGAGACAGAAGACUCGAAGAUGGCGGACGCUCAGACAGAAGAGCCCUCGGAGGCAGGUCCUACUCAACCGGAGAAAGCACCCGAGGCUGUCGCAGAGGACAAUAUGGAAGUCGACUCUUCUCAGUCAAGUGAUCCAUUAGCACCCGUCAGUGUUUUCCUAGCCCCUUCAGGAUCAACGCCUGCCGCAGCUUUAGCUCCUGCUCCGGAUACCGAUUUCGCUCCUACGAUCGCCCAUGCACAACUCCACCAAGCUCGAUUACAGGAGAACUCAAGAAAUAAGCGAUUGCUUUCAGACCAGGAGCUGGAAGAGAAAGCUGCGGCAGAAGCUGCCAAAAUCAACGCCAUCAAGUCUAUCCUCAUCAAAGUUCGGUUCCCAGACAACACCAGCAGUGAUUGGCAAGUAAGCCCAGCACACACUGGCCAGUUUCUGUACGACGCUGUUCGGCAUGUUAUGGCCCAUGAUGGCCAACCCUUCCAUCUCGUUCUUCCUGGAACCAAGACUGUAAUCAAGGACGACCCUAACCCCAACAAUGGAUUGAUCAAAGCCUAUAAACUGUCCGGAAGAACUCUCAUUAACUUGGUUUGGGAAGAUGGCGUACCACUAGCUGUGAGAAAACAACCUUUCCUCAAGGCCAAUGUUGCUCAACAGGGUCAACAAGUCAAGGUUCCUGAGCCCAUCGUUUCUAAUGAGAAGGAUGAGGCGGUGCCAGUUGCUCGCCCAGCACAAACAGAGACUGGAGAGGGAUCAGGAGAGAAGAUUGUUAAGAAGAUACCCAAGUGGCUCAAGUUGGGAAAGAAAUAG